UGUGCCGGCCUCCAGCCCCGGGGGAAGGGACGAGGCGGGCCGGGCCUGGCUCAGAGUUUCCGGAAUGAAGCCCUGGCUUCGGCACCGCCGCGGCCCUUUAAAUAGCCGGCGCUCUUCCGCUGCUAGCGGAGUGUCGCUCUGAGCUCGCUGAGCAUCCUUACCGCAACCUCCAACUCGAUCCGCGGCGGUGGGGCAGGACCGUGCCCGCCCACAAGCAAUCAUGUUUGAAAUUAAGAAGAUUUGCUGCAUUGGUGCUGGAUAUGUUGGUGGGCCAACUUGUAGUGUUAUUGCACAGAUGUGUCCCAAUAUCCAAGUUACUGUUGUGGAUGUCAAUGAGGCCAGAAUCAAUGCCUGGAAUUCUGAUACACUUCCAAUCUAUGAGCCAGGGUUAAAAGAAGUUGUAGAAUCCUGUCGAGGAAGAAACCUCUUCUUUUCCACCAGUAUUGAUGAUGCCAUUAGAGAAGCUGAUCUUGUGUUUAUUUCUGUUAAUACCCCAACAAAGACCUAUGGGAUGGGAAAAGGCCGAGCAGCUGAUCUGAAGUACAUUGAAGCCUGUGCCAGACGAAUUGCACAGAACUCCAAUGGUUAUAAAAUUGUCACUGAGAAAAGCACAGUUCCAGUGCGUGCUGCAGAGAGCAUUCGUCGGAUAUUUGAUGCUAAUACUAAGCCUAACCUGGAUUUGCAGGUGCUGUCUAACCCGGAGUUCCUUGCAGAAGGAACAGCCAUCAAGGACCUGAAGAACCCAGACAGAGUGCUCAUCGGUGGAGAUGAUUCUCCAGAGGGACAGAAAGCUGUCCGUGCUCUUUGUGCUGUUUAUGAGCACUGGGUGCCCAAAGAAAAGAUCCUCACAACCAACACCUGGUCAUCAGAACUUUCUAAGCUGGCAGCUAAUGCUUUCCUUGCCCAAAGAAUCAGUAGCAUUAACUCAAUCAGUGCCCUGUGUGAAGCUACAGGAGCAGAUGUUGAAGAAGUAGCAAGAGCUAUUGGAACAGACCAAAGAAUUGGAAAUAAGUUUCUCAAAGCCAGUGUUGGGUUUGGAGGUAGCUGUUUUCAAAAGGAUGUCUUGAAUUUAGUGUACCUCUGUGAGGCACUGAACUUACCUGAAGUAGCCCGCUACUGGCAACAGGUAAUAGACAUGAAUGAUUAUCAGAGGAGAAGAUUUGCUUCCCGCAUUAUUGACAGCCUGUUUAAUACUGUCACUGAUAAGAAGAUUGCUAUUUUAGGGUUUGCAUUCAAAAAGGAUACUGGGGACACAAGAGAGUCAUCCAGUAUCUACAUUAGCAAGUAUUUGAUGGAUGAAGGAGCAAAUCUCCAUAUCUAUGAUCCUAAAGUACCUGAGGAACAAAUCAUCUUGGAUCUUUCUCAUCCGGGUGUCUCAGAAGAUAACCAAGUGUCUCGAUUGGUCACCAUCAGCAAAGAUCCCUAUGAAGCCUGUGAUGGAGCUCAUGCCCUUGUCAUCUGCACUGAAUGGGACAUGUUUAAGGAGUUGGAUUAUGAACGUAUUCAUAAGAAAAUGCUGAAGCCUGCAUUUAUCUUUGAUGGUAGGAGAGUUCUAGAUGAUCUUCACAAUGAGCUACAAGUCAUUGGUUUCCAGAUUGAAACAAUUGGGAAGAAGGUGUCAGCCAAAGGAAUUCCUUUUGGUUCUUCCUGUGAAAUUCCUAAAUUCAGCCUGCAGGACCCGCCUGUCAAAAAGCCCAGAGUAUAAUGUUUAAUUGUUACAGAAGGAAUUCUGUGGACCUUCUUAGUGAUAAUAACUGUAAGCCUAUGCUUUUUUUUUUUUUGUAAGGAAAGAUAUUUUUCAUAAACUAAACCAAUUUUACACUAAAAAUGGUACCUGGUACAUGUGAAUUCAGUCUAUUUUCAAAUCUCUAUUUUUAUAGUGAUUUUUUUUUUUUUUUUGGUCACUGAAGAUGGUACAACCUUCUUUUUAAUAAUGAAGCAUCUUUUAAGUGCAAAAGUUACCUUCAAACAACAGAUUUCUACUUCCAGAGGUGUUCCUAAACUGCACUUUAUAUGUUUUAAGUGAUAUGAAAUCAAAAGAAUUGGAAUAUCUUUCUUUUUUAGUCCAGUUAUAGGCAAUGAUCAGCAACUUUGGUCUCACCAAAUUCUCAUUUUCUUUUGGGGUAAUCCUUUACCCAGCUAAAUGCUUGGCCUAACUGGCAUUGAAGUCAAAAGAUGAGCUCUAAGAGAACUGGGUAGGUUUUGGCCUGAGCCCUGAAAUAGAGCUGAUUGUGACAAUAACACCCUGAUCCUGGUCAGGACCUGCUGGACUGAUGCAGCCUUGAAGUGCUUCUGUUGCAAGGCCAGAAUAUUCUGCAGACAUCUAUCAUGUAACUGAUGACUGUGGACCUGCAGCUACAAACUGAUCCACUGGCAGAUUGUCACUUUGAUUAUUUGGUUGUCUUGUCUACAUUCCAUGCCCAGCCAUAAAUUAUUGAUCCAAUCAGAUUCCUGGGGCAAGUUUUUCUGAAGCUACAGCAAUACAAACUGUCUUCAGCAGAGGAGUGUUCUGCUUAUUUAAACACUGAAUUUAAACAAAAUUACCUUAAUUUGGUGUCAAUCCAAGCAGAAAGCAAAUACUGUCUUCAAAGCUACCUGAUGGCUAUCUUUUUCCUUCCUUUCUGCUUACAUGCUUUAUUGGAAAGUAGCUUUCUUACUGAAUCUGCAAAAGUUGCUCUCUGCUGUUGAGAAAUGAAGAACAAAAGUUCAGCCCCAGGAGUUAGUCAGCAUACUACCUCAUUUAAUUAGCAGGAAGGAAUGCUUCCUAUGGUAUUUUGACUCUUUUUUUUU